ACACUGACCCUUCACCUGGAGACUCGAUGGCUUCCAGAUUAGAAGAGGAUCUCUGCUGUCCCGUCUGCCAUGAUGUCUUCAGAGAUCCUGUCAUUCUGUCAUGUAGCCACAGCUUCUGUAAAGACUGUGUGAAGAGCUGGUGGAAAGACAAAGAAGUUAAAGAGUGUCCAGUUUGUAAGAGAAGAAAAUCAAAGUCAUUACCACCUAACCUGGCGUUAAAGAACCUGUGUGAGACCUUCUUACAGGAGAGAGAUCAGAGCUCUUCACAUGCUCUCUGCAGUCUGCACUCAGAGAAACUCAGACUCUUCUGUCUGGACCAUCAGCAGCCAGUGUGUCUCGUCUGCAGAGAUUCAGAAAAACACAGCAACCAUAGAUUCAGACCCAUCGAUGAAGCUGCACAACAACACAAGAAGCAGCUUCAGGAAACUCUUGAGCCCUUGAAGAAGAAGUUACAGAGUUUUGAACGUGUUAAAGUAGAGUUUGAACAAACAGCAGAACACAUUAAGGUCCAGGCCGGACUCAGAGAGACGCAGAUCAAGGAGCAGUUUAUAAAGCUUCAUCGUUUUCUGGAGGAAGAAGAGGAGGCCAGGAUGGCUGCACUGAGGGAGGAAGAGGAGCAGAAGAGUCGGAUGAUGAAGGAGAAGAUUGAGGCUCUGAGCAGAGACAUAACGGCUCUUUCAGACACAAUCAGAACCACAGAGGACGAGCUGAGAGCUGAAGACGUCUCGUUCCUGCUCAACUACAAGGCUGCAGUGGAACUAGUCCAGCAGCGCCCCCUGCUGGAUGAUCCACAGCUGGCCUCAGGAGCUCUGAUAGACGAGGCCAAACAUCUGGGCAACCUGAGCUUCAACAUCUGGAACAAGAUGAAGGACGUGGUCUCCUACAGUCCUGUGGUUCUGGACCCAAACUCUGCUCAUCCAGACCUCGUCCUGUCUGAAGAUCUGACCAGUUUGAGACCAGAAGAGGAACAGAAGCUUCCUGACAAUCCAGAGAGGUUUGAUUAUUACCCCUCAGUCCUGGGAUCUGAGGGUUUUAACUCAGGGACCCACAGCUGGGACGUCCUGGUUGGAGACAGUACAAUCUGGGAACUGGGUGUAAGAGCAGAGCCUGUCCAGAGGAAGGGAGACAAACUGCCUGGAUUAUGGGGAAUAGUGUUCGAUGAAGGUGAAUACUCAGCAGAGUCACCAUCAGGAUCAUCUGUUCUCUCUGUUCAAAAGAUCCAGAGGAUCAGAGUGAAACUGGACUGGAACAGAGGAGAACUGUCGUUCUCUGAUCCUGAUACUAAAAAACACAUUCACACCUUCAAACACACUUUCAUUCAGAAGAUGUUUCCAUACUUUAGCACUCCAGAUCCCUUGGCGCUGUUACCUAUGAAAGUCUCUGUGACGCUGGAUAUGGCUUCCAGAUUAGAAGAGGAUCUCUGCUGUCCCGUCUGCCAUGAUGUCUUCAGAGAUCCUGUCAUUCUGUCAUGUAGCCACAGCUUCUGUAAAGACUGUGUGAAGAGCUGGUGGAAAGACAAAGAAGUAAAAGAGUGUCCACUUUGUAAGAGAAGAUCUUCAAGGUCAGAACCACCUGUUAGCCUGGUGUUAAAGAACCUGUGUGAGACCUUCUUACAGGAGAGAGAUCAGAGCUCUUCACCUGCUCUCUGCAGUCUGCACUCAGAGAAACUCAGACUCUUCUGUCUGGACCAUCAGCAGCCAGUGUGUCUCGUCUGCAGAGAUUCAGAAAAACACACCGGCCACAGAUUCAGACCCAUCGAUGAAGCUGCACAACAACACAAGAAGCAGCUUCAGGAAACUCUGGAGCCCUUGAAGAAGAAGUUACAGAGUUUUGAACGUGUUAAAGUAGAGUUUGAACAAACAGCAGAACACAUUAAGGUCCAGGCCGGACUCACAGAGACGCAGAUCAAGGAGCAGUUUAAAAAGCUUCAUCAGUUUCUGGAGGAGGAAGAGGAGGCCAGGAUGGCUGCACUGAGGGUGGAAGAGAAGCAGAAGAGUCGGAUGAUGAAGGAGAAGAUUAAGUCUCUUAGCAGAGACAUAACGUCUCUUUCAGACACAAUCAGAACCACAGAGGACGAGCUGAGAGCUGAAGACGUCUCGUUCCUGCUCAACUACAAGGCUGCAGUGGAACGAGUCCAGCAGCGCCCCCUGCUGGAUGAUCCACAGCUGGCCCCAGGAGCUCUGAUAGACCAGGCCAAACAUCUGGGCAACCUGAGCUUCAACAUCUGGAACAAGAUGAAGGACCUGGUCUCUUACAGUCCUGUGGUUCUGGACCCAAACUCUGCUCAUCCAGAACUCGUCCUGUCUGAAGAUCUGACCAGUUUGAGACGAGGAGAGAGACAGAAGCUUCCUGACAAUCCAGAGAGGUUUGAUUUUUACGCCUCAGUCCUGGGAUCUGAGGGUUUUAAGUCAGGGACUCACAGCUGGGACGUCCUGGUUGGAGACAGUACAGGCUGGUUACUGGGUGUGUCGACAGAGCCUGACCAGAGGAAGGGAGAGGAUCAUUCUGGAUACUGGGGAAUAUGGUUCGAUGGAGGUAAUUACUCAGCAUUUUCACCAUCAGGAUUAUCUGUUCUCUCUGUGCAGAAGAUCCAGAGGAUCAGAGUGAAACUGGACUGGAACAGAGGAGAACUGUCGUUCUCUGAUCCUGAUACUAACAAACACAUUCACAGCCACACACCCACUUUCACUCAGAAGAUGUUUCCAUUCUUUAACACUGUAGAUGAUGACCAUCCCUUGAAGCUGUUACCUGUGAAAGUCUCUGUGACGCUGGAUCAGAGCCGUUAGAGAUAAAGAUUUUAUUCAUCAUGUUUAUUUCUUCAAGAGAAAUCUGCUGAAUUUAAAUGUUAAACUCGUUAUUCUAAAGCUUUGUUUAUUUCUCCUUUUACUUCUCACUCAUUUUUAU